GGUCUACCUGCUCGUGGUAAAACCUACAUGUCUCGAAGGCUCACACGCUAUCUGAAUUGGAUAGGUAUCAACACACGGGUAUUUAACGUUGGCGAUUAUCGUAGAAGGGCAACUUGCAUUAAUUCACACGAUUUCUUUGACGAUACAAACACCGAGGCCGCAAAUAUUCGAAUGAAAGCCGCUCAAGAUGCGUUGUGUGAUCUCACUGAGUGGUUGGAGAAUGAUGGUGAAAUUGCCGUUUUCGAUGCUACCAACACCACUCGAAAGCGGCGUGAAAUGAUUUAUGAACACUGUCAAAAGCACAAGUUUAAAGUAAUCUUCGUUGAGUCUAUUUGCGAUAAUCAAGAUGUUAUCCAAGCAAGCAUUCUGGAAGUAAAGGUCAACAGUCCGGAUUACAUCGGCGUGGAUAAAGAUUUUGCAUUACAAGAUUUCCUCAAACGAAUCGAACACUACGCCGCACGCUAUGAGCCAAUUGAUGACGACAUCGAUAAAGAGCUUCCUUACAUCAAAAUAUUUAAUCAGGGUCAGCGAUACCUGGCAAACCGGAUAUUCGCGCAGAAGCUGGGCAAGUUCAUGGAGAACGAGGGUCUGGACGACCUGAAGGUGUGGACCAGCCACAUGCGCCGAACCAUCGAGACCGGGGAACUGAUCAAGUGCUCCCGCCUCGACCACUGGAAGGCCCUCGACGAACUCGACGCUGGAGUGUGCGAGGGCAUGACCUACGAGGAGAUUCAGAAGAAGUAUCCCUUCGACUUCGCGCGUCGAGACAUGGACAAGUUCCACUACCGCUAUCCCAUGGGCGAGUCCUACGAAGACCUGGUCGCGCGGCUGGAGCCGGUAAUCAUGGAGUUGGAGCGUCAGCACCACGUCCUCGUCAUCUGCCAUCAGGCCGUGGCGCGAUGCCUGCUUGCCUACUUCACCGAGAUGGACAAAGGCAGGUCCUUUGAACUGCCCUACAUCCGUGUUCCCCUUCACACGGUGUUCAAACUGACCCCCACAGCCUACCGGUGUAUCGUGGAAACGGUCAAAUUGGACGUGGACGCCGUGGACACACAUCGCGACAAGCCCGUGGUAGGUCGCCCUCCCCCCGCGAAACUGCAUCAACCAAUCCAAAGUAGCGCCUGCUGUUUUUCCAUUGGCUGGUUUCGUGUUGUCCACGUUUGUGGAUCUAGCAGAUGCCGUUAG